AUGUCUGGAUACUACAGGAGGUCUUAUCCGAUACCUCCUACUGGACCACAACGAAGUAAUUUUUGGCAUGAAUCGUCAGGUUCUGAUUAUAACCAUAAGCCAUAUUUCAAUGGAGGUUAUAAACGUUAUGGUAGAUAUGGAAAUUUUGUGGACAACGAUGUAUCAUCCAGAAACCACAGAAACCGCCGAGAAGAAGUUAAUGACGGGUCUUCAUCUUCUUACGAAUCACCGUUAUUGAAUCAUGAAGAAGAUACUAAGAGGCCUAUACCGCGGGUAAAAUGGGAUACAGAGGAACUCAAAGCCAAGUAUCACUAUUUCGACGUUAGAGAAAAGAAAUUGAUUCAUAUGGAAGAGAUGACAAAUUGGAAUAAAGAUUCUAAAUAUCCUCCAAAUGGGUACGUUUUAGUACAGGAGAACAAUAUGGGCCAACCUCGGCCUGUUUUCAAACAGAGAGUACCGCAAGAGAAAGCUGUUGAUCCUCGUGUUGAACAGCGGCAACAGCAACAACAGCAACAAGUUAUUCCCCCCACAUAUAGAAAAUUGAGGAGUAAAUUAGCAUUACUGCCGCAUAUAGUAUAUGACAAAUUUUCCGUAGGUCCGCCACCUCCUAACGAAAUUGUACUUUCGUUAUUAUCUAAUGUGGCGACGGUACAGGACAUAUCGAUUAAAAAUUAUUUCAAGCGGUAUGGAGAAAUAUCCCAUUUUGAAGCGUUCAGUGACCCUAAUAGUGCGUUGCCGCUACAUAUCUAUUUGAUAAGGUAUGGAAGCUAUUCAGGUAAAUUGGAUGAUGCCGCUAGGGCGGCAUAUAUGGCAUUUAAAGACCAUGAAGGCAGAGGUUGUUCGAUCUUAGGUACUAAAUUCAAUUGUACUCUUAACAAAAAUAAUAUUUUAGAAAAGACAAUAUCAAGGACAGUGACAGAUAAUUUAAACAGGGUUAGAAAAAUUACAAAUGAUAUGAAAAAGAUGGAGAAAAGGCAAAAGGAAGAGGAGAAAAAGGAAUCGCAGGCGUAUUCUGAAAGGAAAAUUCCUCUUGAUUUGGCUAAACAGAUAAAUGGUAGGCCUGUAUUGGUAGUUUCCAAAUCAUUUGCCCUACAUCAUGGACUGAGAGUGGAAGAUUUCAAAGUUAAAUUGAGAAGAUAUAGGUGGUCGAGAAUUUUGGAUCAUUCAAGCGGCCUUUACGUUGUUUUUAAUGAUCUAGAGCAUGCAAGGAACUGCCAAAAAGUAGAAUCAGGCAAGAUGUUGAUAACUUCUCGUGCUAAAAGAGCCCCAGUUGAUGUCAGAUUUCAGCUCAUUGCCCCUACAGUUGAUAAGCAACCUACAAAUGAUAUUAAUGGUAACCAUGCUGCUUUGCCAAAAUCAUCAAAUCAGCUGCCAACCUAUAAAACUAAGGAAGAAUUAAUAAGCGCGGCUACUAGUUACAUCCUGAAAGAUCUGGAAAAUGCAUUACAUGUAGAUAUUCGGAAACGAAUCAUCGGCCCGGCUGUCUUUGAUACGUUGAACCCAGCAUCUUUCCCAGACUUGAUUGCCAAAAAGGAAGUUAAGGAAAAGGAAAGAAAAGAGGUAGUCGCCAAAAAGGCAGAAGAAUUGAAGAAGAAGCAGAGCACUAAUAAUGAUUUCGACAUAUUCAGCUUAUACAGUGGUGGAGUCACACAAUCCAACCGUAACCGCUUAAAGAGACGUGGUUCAGAGGUCAUUGACAUUCUACCUUCAGGAAGAAGAAAAUUGUUCAAAGGUGUUAAGCCAAUGGCACAUAUGUUAAACGAUGAUUCUUUGUCCAAGGAACAAACACCGGUGGCGCCUUCGACAUCCUCACCAUUUGAUGAGUCUGAAGAUGAAGAAAUGACGUCUUCAGAUGCAACUGAAUAUGAAAGUGGUGAAGAUGAUAACGUGGAACAGAAGAAGAUGAUCAAAGUGGAAACGGAAUCUACCACUCCAGAAAUUGAUCAUGCUGAAAAACCAUUGUUCGUGAGCAAGAAAGCUGAAGAGAUUAUGAGAAUUCCUGAACCUUACAGGCCCAGUGUAGGUGGUUUGCCCAAACCUAUUCAACCAGAUGACACCAUCCGUCCCAAUUUAUUCAUUGAUGAUUUACAAAAGACCGUUACUGAUAUGGAAGAUUUGUUCAUUUUGAAGAAGGUUUUAGGACUCGACGAACCUAAUCAAAAUGAUGAGAAAUCUGAGCAUGAUGGGACUUUAGAAUAUCGGAUCUGGAAGCUACGUUCUCAGGCUCAAAACUUCAGAGUUGAUCAAGAAAACCAAUUGAGACUACUUGGAGCUCCGUUGGAUUCACUCCUACUAACAGGAAAUGGUUCGUUCAAAGCUCAAGGCUACAGAAAGAUACCUGAAAAAUUAAAAUCAUGUUACUUGCCUCAUCGCCGUAAACCUCAUCAACCUCUAAAUACUGUAAGUUAUCAUAGCGAAACAAAGGAUGGUACACCUGAGGUUGAACGUGAAGAAUCGGAGAACUUGGAGGAACCUGAAUCAGUUCCACAAGAGAUUUCAUCAUCCAGAGACAAUAGGGCUUCUAACAGAAGGUUUCAACAGGAUAUUGAAGCUCAGAGGGCUGCUAUUGGUACUGAAUCUGAACUUUUGUCCCUAAAUCAACUCAACAAGAGGAAAAAACCUGUUACUUUUGCACGCUCAACGAUUCACAAUUGGGGGUUAUAUGCCCUGGAACCUAUUGCAGCUAAGGAGAUGAUUAUCGAAUACGUUGGUGAAAGAAUAAGGCAACCAGUGGCUGAGAUGAGAGAAAUACGGUAUCUGAAAAGCGGUAUUGGCUCCAGUUAUUUAUUCAGAAUUGAUGAAAAUACCGUCAUAGAUGCAACAAAGAAGGGAGGUAUAGCGCGGUUUAUUAACCAUUGUUGUGAACCCAGUUGUACUGCCAAAAUUAUCAAAGUAGGUGGUAUGAAGAGAAUUGUUAUCUACGCACUAAGAGACAUUGGAGCUAAUGAAGAACUGACUUACGAUUACAAAUUUGAACGAGAAAUUGAUGCUGAAGAAAGAUUGCCAUGUUUGUGCGGCGCGCCAAGUUGUAAAGGGUUCCUAAACUGA